AUGAGAUCCGAAAAGCCUACCGCAAAGUACAACCCCGAAUCCGGCUCAACCGAACCAACUAACACAAAAGAGCGAGAAGCCGCGUCUGUCCGGUUCCAGGAUGUUCAACAAGCCUACGAGAUCCUCAGCGACGAUGAUAAGCGACACCUCUACGAUACACACGGCAUGGGCGCCUUCAACGGCUCUGGCGAGCCGGGGAUGAACGGCGGCCCCGACCUCGAUGAUAUCCUUGCGCAGAUGUUCGGCAUGGGAGGUAUGGGCGGUAUGGGUGGUAUGCCCGGGAUGGGCGGCAUGCCGAGGCCACGACAGAGUCCGGACGAGGAGCAAAAGUACGAAGUGAGCUUGGAGGAACUAUACAAGGGCAAGACGGUGAAGUUCGCGAGCACGAAGAACGUCAUUUGCGGCCUGUGCAAGGGCAAGGGCGGCAAGGAGCGCGCGACGGCGAAGAAGUGUUCUACGUGUGAUGGGCAGGGCUACAAGGAGGUGCUCACCCGCAUGGGUCAGUUCCUGUCCAAAUCCACCCAGCAGUGCACAACCUGCAACGGCGACGGCCAGUUCUUCGCAACCAAGGACAAGUGCAAGAAGUGCAAGGGCAAGAAGACCACCGAGGAGAAGAAGAUUCUGGAGAUCUACAUUCCCCGCGGAGCAAAGAACGGCGACCGAAUCGUCCUAGAGGGCGAAGCCGACCAAGUCCCCGGCCAAGAACCCGGCGACAUCGUCUUCCAGCUCGAAGAAGAGGAACACCCCGUCUUCACGCGCGCCGGCGCAGACCUCAAGGCCACCAUCGACAUCACCCUCGCCGAAUCCCUCACGGGCUUCUCCCGCGUUGUCCUCAAACACCUCGACGGCCGCGGCAUCGAACUCUCACACCCUAAACCCGGCCACCCCCAGAUCCUCUCCCCCGGCCAAGUCCUCAAAGUCCCCGGCGAGGGAAUGCCGAUCAAGCGCUCCGACUCCCGCGGCGACCUGUACCUGAUCGUGAACAUCAAGUUCCCCGACGAGACCUGGAAGCCGACGCCCGCUGUUCUGGAACGACUCAGGGAGAUGCUCCCCAAGCCGGCUCCCGCUAUCCAGGCGGAGACCAUCGACGAGGUCGAGUACGACCCCAAGGCCGAUGUAGAGGACUUCGGGUCGAAGGAUCCCUCUGGUGGUGAUGCGUGGGAGGAUGACGAGGAGGAGGGCGAGGGGGCGCAGUGCACGACUCAGUAA